UUUCUCGAGGUCUGCACGUUUUUUCCCGCUUUUUCGGAGAGCGAGAUUAAAAAAACUGACAAGCCCCACCACCAAUGGCUGGUUGCAAGGAUUACAUCAUACUGUGUCUGGACACGGGUCCGUCCAUGGACACUGCUCCGCUGGACGAGGGAGAGACGCGGCUAGAGACGGCCCUCAAUAUUGCCUCUCGUGUCGUCCAGCAGAAGAUGUUUGCAGGCAGCAAAGAUUUUGUUGGACUAGUGCUCUUUGGAACAAAUGAUACUGAUAAUGAGCUUGCCGUUGAUGGGGAAGGGUACCAACACAUCACUGUUGCCUGGCAACCAGCACAACCAUCGCUGGAAUUCCUGCGCUAUCUGACCAAUCAGAUUACAGCGGGCGACACACCUGGAGACUUUAUUGAUGCUCUGGUGGUUGCCAUGGAUGUUCUGGUGAAGACUGUCUCCACGGCAAAGAGGGUGGGGGAGAAGAAGAUUUACCUCAUCACAGACGUGGGGUCAGAGUACACAGACGAUGGACUGGGGGAGAUAGCGGCAGGUCUGAGGGACAGAGGCAUUCAGCUGAUUGUCGUUGGUCCAGAUUUGGGUGAUGAUAAUGGCGAUGGAGGGGGAGGUGGAGGAGGGGAGAGGGAGGAGGGGGUGGAAGCGGGAACAGUGUGAUGAAGAAGACGGCUCAGCAGUUGGCCGGAGAGGCAGUGCUGAGUAGACUGGUGGCAGAAGUUGAUGGAGCUAGCUUCUCUUUCCAAGAGGCGUCUCAAGUAGCAAACUUUAUCAGGAAGACAGGAAAGAGACAAACCACAAGGUUUGCAGGACAUCUGGAACUUGGCUCUUCCCUAAAGAUUGCCUGCAAGAUUUUCACCAAGGUGAUGCACGAGCGUCCGGCAACGUGGAAGAAGCUGAGUGCAGUGAGUGAGGCUGCUCGUUGCCAGGGGCAACAAGCAGCAGUCCAGAUACAGCGGUCGUACUACCUUAACAAUGAGAACGAGACGCAGGUGGAGCAUGACAACAUCGUCAAGGGGUACCGAUAUGGGAAGAGUCUGGUUCCCAUCACAGACGAGGAUGAGUCUCAGAUGAAAGCCUCUUCCGAGCGCUGUCUCUCUCUCCUUGGCUUCUCCCCCGAGACCUGCGUCUCCACCCACCAGACUCUCGGCUCCUCUGUCCAGGUGGUGGUCCCAACCCCAGAUGACCAGAAUGCUGGUGCCGCGAUGUCUGCUCUCAUUCAUGCUUUGUACGAGACAAAGAAUGUGGGUGUGGCCAGAUACAUUGCUAGGAAGAAUGCAGCUCCACGUCUAGUUGCUCUACUGCCCCAGAUCAAAGCUUCUCACGAGUGUCUCCUAAUGUUACAUCUGCCGUUCAUGGAGGAUAUUCGCCAGUACACAUUUCCCUCUCUCUCUGGACCUAGUGGAUCAGCCACACCCUCAGCCGAGCAGCUGGCUGCUGUGGAUUCUCUCAUUUCAUCCAUGGACCUCAUGUCUGCUGACAGGGACGAGGAUGGGGAGAGAUGCGAAGCACUGAAACCAAAGCUGACGAUGAAUCCUCUGACACAACGAGUGUUUCAGUGCAUUUCGCAGCGUGCUCUCAACCCUGAUUCCACGUUACCUGACAUGGACCCGGGACUGCAUCAUGUGUUGGAACCAGGCCAGGCCCUCCUGUCUCUCUGCUCAUCUGCUCUGGCUGGAAUCAAGGAGGCCUUUCCCCUGAUGAGAGUGGAGAAGAAGGACAAUAAGGGGACAGCAGUCUGGAAAGAGAGUUCUGACCUUGAUGUGGAAGGUCAGGGUCCGUCGGUAAAGAAACCACGAGUUGAAGAAGAAACUGACUUCAGUAUGGCUUCCCUGGCGAGGGGAGAGGUCACAGAGGUGGGAACGCUGGACCCAGUUGCAGAUUUCUGCAGGAUAGUUACCAGAAAUGACUACGACUUCAACCAUUGUUGCAGACAGCUGCAAGGCACCAUGAUGAAAUUGGUGAAAGAAUCAUUUGGAGACUCCCAGUACAGAAAGGCCAUGGACUGCCUUCGCUGUCUCCGCAGAGAAUGUCUCCAGGUUUCAUACUAGAAGUGGUUGCCAUGGUUAUGAUGUUACUCCCUGCCACAGAGGUCGGAGGUGAAGAUAUUUAACGAUUUUCUACGACAGGUCAAAGGUGACCUAAUCGGCACUCGCUACUCCUCCUUCUGGGAAUGCAUUGUUACAGAUGGUGUUACCAUGGUGACAAGCAGUGAGUGUUCUGUCAGCAGUGUGUCUGAGAGUGAUGCGAAGGAGUUUCUGCUGAAUCAGCAGCAGCAGGAGGUGGAGGAGGGAGAGGGAAAAGAGGGAGAUGAAGCUGAUGAUUUGCUGGCUAUGAUGUGACACACAGUCACCAUCCUCCAUGAGUUGUUCCUUUGUGUUUGUGGAAUUUUAAAUGUUGUGAAG